AUGAGGGAAGCCUGUGUCUGGACUUUCAGAGUGUCAGUGCUGCUCCUGCUUUGGUCAAAUCCCCUGGAUUGCCAGCAUGCAACAGACCACAGGAAGGUUCCCCAGAGGGCAGAGCCUCAACAGGAGUUCAAGACAGCUCAUGGUGGAGUUCAGGGCUCCUGGGGCGCCUGGGGGCCCUGGUCGACCUGUUCGCGGACCUGUGGAGGAGGGGUACAAGAGCAGACCAGACCCUGCCUGCCUGUCUACAAUCCAUCCCAACACCCCUCCAGAAGACCUGGAGCUCAUCCCCAACACUCGGGACAUGUCGUGUCAGCACUGCGGCCUACCGUUCCUCUGCAUCAUGGCACAGUAGUGCCCCCCAACUCAAAUGACAGCAGCCGUGGAGAGCUACAGAAUCCACACAGGGAGAGGGAAGUUUGGCCCGGUGGACGCAGGAGGGUCAGUCAUAUCACCCCAGGGAAGUAUGGCUAUGGGAGGAUGCCGUUUGUUGCUCCACUGCAGACAGAUACAGGCCAGGGGUCUGGCACCGCUCAUCCUCACAGACAGAGGCGCUCCCCAGUGGCUGAAGGCUACCAGCCCACUGCUAGAGGCCAUGGCGGUCACAGGUCAAGCAACUGGGACCCCUCUAAUAACCUCCAUCACUACAGCAGACUUUACCAGCAGCCCAGGGCACCACAACUCAAAGCAAACACAGUGUGGGCUUCUCUUUACCAGCCUGGAUCAGGUGUUCAGGUCCAACCACAGCCCCAGCAGGAGCAACACUUAGGCAACCACGCCUCUGGACCAGAGCAGCACCCAGAAAGACCCUACAACCCCCUGCCUACCUCCUCCUGUCCAGGAGAGCAUGUCCACUACAAGAUCUGCAACAAUAAUGCCUGUCCUCCGUCCAGCAGACACAUCAGGGCUGUUCAGUGCUCUUCCUACAACAACCGACCCUUCAUGGGCAGACUGUACGAAUGGGAGCCUUUCAAUGAGGUUCCCGGGGACCAGCACUGUGAGCUCAACUGCCGGGCCAUAGGAUUCAGGUUCUACGUGCGACAGGCGGACAGGGUGAUCGAUGGGACGCCAUGUGGACAAAACGAUACUUCUGUCUGUGUGGCGGGAAAGUGUACAAGUGUCGGCUGCGAUGAGUACCUCGGAUCAGGCAAGGUGAUGGACAAAUGUGGUGUGUGUGGAGGUGACAACACAGCCUGCAAGCUGGUUUCCGGACUGUUUCAACACAGCCUGUCCAAGGUCGGCUACCACAAGAUAGUCGAGAUCCCGGAGGGAGCAACCAAGAUCAACGUGACUGAGAUGGUGAAGAGCAGGAACUACCUCGCUCUCCGAAGCCGAUCAGGGCGCUCCAUCAUCAACGGAAACUGGGCUAUUGAUCGGCCAGGAAAGUACGAGGCAGCGGGAACCAUGUUCACCUACCGCCGACCCAAUGAAAUCACUAGCACAGCCGGGGAGUCCUUCCUCGCUGAAGGGCCCACCAAUGAGAUCCUGGAUGUUUAUAUGAUCUACCAGCAGCCUAACCCUGGUGUUCAUUACGAGUACAUUCUCCCUGCUGAGAAACCAGUCAGCCCUCAGCAGCCGAACCACAGGCCAGAUGGGAACACGGUGAUUGGGCAGGGAGGCUUCGACCAUCACAGCAACACCCACCCGGAGGGCUAUGACCCAGCUGCAGGGGGCCAGUACCCUCCUCGUCUCCCCGACAACCAGGUACCUGCAGUGCAGCCCCCCAGACGCCAGAGAGAGUACAACUGGAAACUGGCAGGUGCUACUGAGUGCAGCGCCUCGUGUGGCAAAGGUUUCAGAUACUCCAUAUUCCACUGUGUCCACCGGCUGACUCACGACCAAGUGUCAGACGCUUUGUGUGACAGCAGCAGCAGACCGAGUCCCCAGGAGGAGCCAUGCAACCUCCAGCCCUGCCCGGCUUUCUGGGACAUUGGAGAGUGGUCAGAAUGCAGCAAGACCUGUGGGCUCGGCAUGCAGCAUCGGCAGGUCCUAUGUCGCCAGGUUUAUGCCAAUCGUACCCUCAACGUUCACACCAGCCGCUGCCGACACCUGGAGCGACCCGAAACGGCCAGCACCUGCCAGCUGAAGAUCUGCAGUGAGUGGCAGAUCCGCACAGAGUGGACCCCUUGCUCUGUGCCAUGUGGGCUGGGUCAGAGGUCACGGGAGGUGCGAUGUGUCAGCAAUGUGGGCGACUUUGUUCCUGAUGAGGAGUGCAACAUGAAUCUCCGGCCUAGCGAUGUGGAGAACUGUGACAUGGGGCCCUGUGCCAAGAGCUGGUUCUACACUGAGUGGGGCAACACGUGCUCUGCUGAAUGUGGGAUGGGUGUACGGACACGAGGAGUCCUCUGCUUGACCAAUCACAUCAGCAGCCUUCCUCUGGAGGGGUGUGGCCACGAGCGGCCAGCAGAUUCACAGGUCUGCAACAACGGUCCAUGUGAGAGCCGCAUCGAGUGGUUCACAGGCCCCUGGAGCCAGUGUUCUGCAGAGUGUGGCAAUGGCAGCAAGCAGAGGUCAGUGGUGUGUCUGAUGAAAUCGGAUGAGGGAUACACCGUGAUGCCACCGUAUGAGUGCUCCUCCCUUGAGCGGCCUCUCAGCCAGCAGAGUUGCAACCUCAAGGCCUGUGGGGCAAAGUGGUACCACACAGAUUGGAGUGCUUGUUCGAAAACAUGUGAAGGAGGUUUUCGUGUGCGGGAGGUGCGCUGCCUCUCUGACGAGAUGCUGUCCAGUGAUGGCUGCGAGGAGCACCUGAGACCAUCAGAGAAGGAAGAAUGCAACCCUGAGCCAUGCAUACCUCAGAUAGAUGAGAACUGCAGAGACAAGUACUUUAACUGCAACGUGGUGGUCCAGGCUCGCCUCUGCGUGUAUGAUUACUACAAGACCACGUGCUGCGCUUCCUGUUCACGAGUGGCCCACAGACAGUCAAUUCAUCGGGGUCGCAGCUAGCAGUCUCUACCAGUCCCUUGAGCCCCUGUGGGGCCAGACUCAGUACCUGCAGCAGCCACUCUGUUCCUGGGCCAGCCAGGGGAGCGGACUGCCUGGAACUUGCCCUAAAUGGACACUUGGUUCUCUGAGUGCCUAUAGGAUGCAAAAUGAAGAAAGGACUCUUCUCUUGGGUUUGUUCGGAGAUAGCUAUCGGACAAAAGAAAAGUGGGGGACAAGUAUUCAGCCGCUGACCAGAGCCCUGAUGGGGUGAGAGACGCAGGUGACAGAGAAACCCAGGAACAUGUACAAUAAAAAGUUGUUUAUUUUGUGUAUGUUUCAUUGGAAACAGUUAACAGCUGCCAUUCACCUUACGGUAACUGUGAAAUGACAGUGAACUGCUACUGCGUCUGAGCUGCCAUGAUGCCCCUCAUGGAUAACCUGAUGUGUAAAGGAGAGCACCAUUAAAAGUUUACUUUCUUGUGUAUAAUGUAUAGACUGUGCACACCGUAAUAAGUUUCUUUACACAAUCUACAGAUUGAUAACAUGAUUAUCCACAUGUAGUAUGAAGUUUUCCUUGAUUCCAAUUCACCUAUAACCUGCAGUACAACAUACUAUUUAAGUCCCAUCUCCAUAGUUGACCAAAGACACUUCCAGUCAUAAAAAUGAAGACUGUCCACAAGUGCUGUCCUUUUUUUUUUUCCUUCCAACAA